AUGACCUAUGAUGAGCUGAGUGAAAGGCCAGGGAUCCCAUCCUUCAUUCUAUUUCUGUUCUCUUCUUCUCCACUGUGUCUACAAUUUCUGAGAGAAGAAAUGGCGGCGAAUGCCAGUGGACGUGUGAACAUGGCGGCGAUCGGCGGAACUGGCCGGAACGGACUGGCCAAGAUUCAUACAGAGAAAAAAGCAGAGGGGAUAUGCCACGACGAUAGUACGCCGCCGGUGAAGGCUCAUACUAUUGAUGAACUUCAUUCUCUUCAGAAGAAGAAAUCUGCUCCCACCACUCCCAUUAAUGGGAUUCAAGGUCCUUUUACUGCCCUCUCAGAAGAAGAACGCCAUAAACUGCAGCUGCAGUCCAUUAGUGCCUCAUUGGCGUCGUUGACAAGAGAAACUGGACCCAAUGUGGUGAAAGGAGACCCUGCAAAGCAAUCUGAAACCCCCAGGAUUUCUCAUGUGAGCCACCUCCAUGUCACCCCCACCAUUAGUGUCAGCGACAGUUCUUUGAAAUUCACCCACAUCCUCUACAACCUCUCCCCUGCCGAGCUUUACGAACAGGCCAUUAAGUAUGAAAAGGGCUCAUUUAUUACGUCUAGCGGUGCGUUGGCGACCCUUUCGGGGGCCAAGACUGGACGUUCUCCCAAGGAUAAACGUGUUGUUCGGGAUCAGACAACUGAUGACGAACUUUGGUGGGGAAAGGGAUCACCGAACAUUGAAAUGGAUGAGCAGACAUUCUUGGUGAACAGAGAAAGAGCUGUAGAUUACUUGAACUCUUUGGACAAGAUCUUCGUAAAUGAUCAAUUUUUAAACUGGGAUCCAGAGAACCGUAUCAAAGUCAGGAUAGUCUCUGCCAGGGCUUACCAUUCCUUGUUCAUGCAUAACAUGUGUAUCCGACCCACUCCUGAAGAGCUGGAGAAUUUCGGUACUCCGGACUUCACUAUUUACAAUGCUGGGCAGUUCCCAUGUAAUCGUUAUACACACUACAUGACAUCCUCUACUAGUAUAGAUUUAAACCUUGCUAGAAGGGAAAUGGUCAUCCUCGGCACCCAGUACGCCGGGGAAAUGAAGAAAGGCCUAUUCAGUGUAAUGCACUAUCUUAUGCCUAAGCGUCAAAUCCUCUCUCUACAUUCUGGCUGCAAUAUGGGGAAAGAUGGAGAUGUCGCACUCUUCUUUGGUUUGUCAGGAACUGGAAAGACUACGCUGUCUACUGAUCACAACCGAUACUUAAUUGGAGAUGAUGAACACUGCUGGACUGACAAUGGCAUAUCAAAUAUUGAAGGUGGUUGCUAUGCUAAGUGCAUUGAUCUUUCAAGGGAAAAGGAACCCGAAAUUUGGAAUGCUAUCAAAUUUGGGACUGUAUUGGAAAAUGUGGUGUUUGAUGAGCAUACUAGAGAAGUCGACUAUACGGAUAAGGCUGUUACAGAGAAUACUCGUGCAGCUUAUCCCAUCGAAUACAUUCCCAAUGCUAAAAUUCCAUGUGUUGCUCCACGCCCUACGAAUGUCAUACUCCUGGCAUGCGAUGCAUUUGGGGUGCUCCCCCCAGUGAGCAAGCUAAGCCUGCCACAGACGAUGUACCAUUUCAUCAGUGGCUACACUGCUUUGGUUGCUGGCACUGAAGAAGGAAUCAAGGAGCCACAAGCAACAUUCUCGGCUUGCUUUGGGGCAGCAUUUAUAAUGUUGCAUCCUACAAAAUAUGCUGCAAUGCUUGCUGCAAAGAUGCAGAAGCACGGUGCAACAGGGUGGCUUGUCAACACUGGCUGGUCUGGAGGAAGAUAUGGUUCCGGGAGUCGUAUCAAGUUGGCAUACACUCGAAAAAUCAUUGAUGCCAUACAUUCUGGCAGCCUGUUGAAGGCAAACUACAAAAAGACUGAGGUGUUUGGGCUCGAGAUUCCAACCGAGGUCGAGGGAGUGCCUUCGGAAAUCUUUGAACCAAUGAACACCUGGUCGGAUAAGAAGGCUUAUAAGGAGACACUGCUAAAACUGGCCGGGCUUUUUAAGAAGAACUUUGAAGUUUUUGUGAAUCACAAGAUUGGGAAGGACAACAAGUUGACUGAAGAAAUCCUUGCUGCUGGACCUAUAUUCUGA